AUGAGCCACGCCGAGCACCUCGGUACAGCCUUUGCGAACAUUGUUUAUGCCUUUUUGAUCACCAUUGACACUGAGGAUUAUGACGCGUUUAUCUGCCGAAUGUUUGAGCGGGAGUCUCGCGAAAAGAGGACGUUGAUUGCAUUUCUUAUGAAAAAGAGGGCGGUUUAUUUUUCACUCUUGAAUAAUGUUUUGGAAAAGGAGGAAGGCGCUGAGGGGGAAGGGAGCCGCCUCGCCGAUAGCUGGAACCAGGACAGCGAAAGACGGAGCUUCAGGUUUCCGCAGGAGAUGCCGGAUGCACCUGUGGUGGGAUCCUUAGAGCGAAAUAUGGCAAUAAAUGACGUUGUGUCGCAAUUAACGAUUGUACGGAAUGCCUUUUUGGAAAAUAUUUUAAAAAUCCCGGGAACCGUUCCAUCUGGGAGGCCUCCUGCCAUACACCGAUCACUGCAACAGAUACCAAAUGUCUCUUUGAACACAUUGGUGGAAGGUGUGACUAAGACAAUAAUGGACGUAGUUUUGUCCCUGUGCAAUAAAAUAGAGCAGAAAUACUCUUCAAGCCUUUUUUCACGGCCAAUAGUGUUGGCUGAUCGGAGCUUAAGAAGCGAUUGCACCGGUCAGGGAGACUGCACUCUCAUACAAAUGCUCAGUAGUGCGGUGGAAAUUAUUUGGGCAUAUAGUCUGUAUUUUAUUUUAGCCUCUAAGGACGUUGUCCAUCUUCCAUCAGGAGGUUUUGUACAAUGUAGUCGAUUUCUUUUGUGUGACCUUUCAAUGAAUUCUGUAGGCGAGACGACUAGUUCCCGUCCCUCUCUUUGUGACCUGCCACCGGUAUUUUUUCUUUCUUUUGACCUCGCCAUGAAGUUGGAGGAACAUUUUCACGGUAUUCUCACUUCGGGGAACGUUUUAUCGACACCGUCAGGAAUGCACCUUUUGUUACUGAGCUGCUCAUGCUACGAGCUGCUUACCCAAGUGGAUGAAACUUUAACUGAGGAUGUUUGGAGGGGAAUGAUCAAUACAUGUGCGUCCGUUAUGAAACUCACACGUCGAUCUUCUCAGGACUGGGAGGAUGUGGAUUGGAGCAAUCUUAUUCAUGAAGCGGAUCCAUCCCACAGCACUGCGGAUCAUGGAUGUCUUGUGCAGGAUUUGAUCUUUAUUUGGAGGCGGCAACACGGAUGGUGGGGAACUUCAAUGGAUGAUAAAUCACAUGUUGCGGAUAAUUUACGGGCAAAUAGUCUUCCAAUUUUUCUUAGAGAAUAUCCAUCAUCUUUUUUCUCAUCCCGUUUUAAGGAAACGAUCGCCAUCGUUUUAGAUGUCUGCGGGCUAUCAAAGACGAGCAACGGCGGUAAAAAUGAAAGGACAAUAGGAGAUAUUUUUAGUGGAUUGUAUCGCUGCAUGAUGCAUUUAUGUUAUAUUUUCAAUCAUCGUGUGGCUACACAUGCUUUACUGAACGAUCUUCUUGAUCUCCUUCGAAAGAUGUUGCUGCUUUCGAAGAAAGAGAGGCGAUUAAAAGAGUUGGUGACAAUUGUUCUUUCCUUAUGCCUCCUUCCUCAAUCAUUCCCUCACGGCAGUGCCUACUCUGAUACGCAGCAGCAACAGUGUGUAUGCACAAAAAAAGUGGUGGAGAGUUUGUUGGACGAAAUUGACAACUGGCGUAAAGCUAAAAAUGCCAUCUGCUACGCACUUUCAAUGGCAGCACUUCUUAGCAGGUGUUCUCUAAAGGAAUUGGAGCGGAGGCUGCCUCUGUUUUUUGCCACCAUGGAGUCAUGGUUUGCGUCGGCAAAUAACAUGGAAAGAAUUGCUAUCCUUCACUCCACACUGCACGCCGGGGGAUUGCUGUGUGACGUGUGCGCCAAUAAUGAUUCUGCCUCCCCGUACAAGUGGAAUGAUUCUAUUUCGAGCUUUUUUCAUUCCGUGGAAAAGAUGUUGCUAAACGGAAUUGGUUCUAAGCCGUGGAAGAACGCACCUUUCAGUUCUUCCUGCAUUGAAAUUGCUUCGGAUCUUUUGGUUUUCACACUGCAGCAGGAACCAUUUCAGUCAUCGGCACUCCAUUGGCUAGCGAGGCUAAUGGAAACGAAAGCGAAGUCAAGAACCCUAUCGAAGAGCGGAAUCAGCGCCGUCGUUACCCGUGGUCGAUUGAUAGCCAUAAGAACCAUUUGGGCCCUUUUUGAGUUGUAUUACUGUGGGAGUCACGCCCUUGUUAGACACGGAGGACUUGCCGCAAAAGAAAUCUUUUUGGCCUGCAGCCAUACGAGUGAGAACAGGAAGAGGCUUUGUGCCCUGUAUAACACACCCCUUGAUCAAAAGGGUUCUAUAAAAGAGACAAUAAUUGGAUUUAUUGCGCUUCACGGGACGUGCUACAGACCGGUGGUGGCCACUGUGGAGGCUCUUGCGAUAUUUUGGCGAGGGGGGCAUUUAAAAAAUGUGAUUAAUUUUGUGAGGACAAGCGAGGAGACUCGGCAGGGGAUCACUGAACUUCGCGAGGCCGCCUUUCAUUAUGCCGGGCAGAUCCAUAAGAACGGAUAUUCUGAAGAAAACAUGGAGUACGCCCACCAACUGGUUCCCAUUUUUCUAAUUGCUCGUUUUUGGGAUCCGCCGCAGGUGCUGCUGGAGUAUAACCUUGCACUUCCAAUGUUACUCGUGGGACCAAAGACGCCAUUGUAUGAUGCAGUGUCAAACAUUGUGUUUCCAUUUUACUUUCUUAAGAGGAAUGAAAAAGGCAUGUGGAGUUGUGCUCUCGCCCUACACCGACUAGUAGAAUGCAUCAUUGUGUUAUUGGGCAAUGAUGAGGAUGACCGUGUGGCACAUCUAGCGGAGUACGUGGCAUUGAACCUUAUGAACCUGCGGGAUAGAAUGGAGUCCCUUGUGAAUGAAGAAUUGUGCGCAGUGAAACCCGAGGAAAAUGGCGUGGCAGGUUUCUCCUUUAGUAAGAAUUCUUAUGAUAAGGAGUCUUACCAUAAGAAACUGGCCUCUUGUCGCAGCAAGUGGGCAUGGCUGUUGAAUGUAUUGGAUAUGAGUCCACUGAGUCCCAAAGAGUCGCUCUCUUCAACGGAUUCACAGAAUUGGUGUGCCGUCCCCGCUGUGCGCAACGCGGCUCUUGUAGACUUGCUGGAAGGACUGGCAGUCGUACUAUUGGGCCACACAAAACUGCAGGUGCGCCGAAAUGCGUUAUUUCUUCUGGAGUUGGUUUCUUCCCUUUUGCGUUUGCAGCGAAUUCAUUGCGGGGCAACAUCACAGGUAACCGACAGUUCACUCCUUGAUGACAACCAUUACAACGCACACGACCCGAUGCUAUCCACACUAAAAGCAAGCAGACCUUCUGUGGGCGCUGAGGAGCCUCGCUAUCCGCGUGUUGCGGUAGCAGAUAUUUUUGAAGAACUAGGAGAACAGUUUGACGAAAUGUACGCCUCGAAUAAGGAACGCUACGUGCCUCUUGUUCAUGUUUUUGAAGGACGAUUGCCCAGUUUGGCAAGCUCCAUAAAUGAUAAAUUAACCGAGGAUGCAAAGCAUAAGGUCUCAAGGGACGCGUGGCCGAAGCCGAGCUUUUAUCACAAGGUCCUCGAUUGCCUGCAUCCAUCAACAAUUGGACGUGAAAGCACGCUGACUGCCACGUCGUUUGGUGUACAUUGCCUCUCUGAUGAUGGGACCACACCCCACUUUGUUUUUGUUUCCACCACCGCACUGGCGCUCCUGAUGUAUGGCUAUUGCCCAGGUUCUGUGCUGGUGCGUGUGGUGUGUGCAAUUGCGGGAGAGAUAGUUGAAAGAGGAGUUAAGCGGUACAUCGAGCGAAGUUCACCUGUUUGGAGGUCCUGCUAUGCGUUGAAUUUUCUUUUGCUGUGUGUUGAUAAUGUGAAGUCAUCCCCGGAUGCCAACCGGUUAACACGUGGGGGCGAGCGGAACCGCCCAGGGCAUCAACAAGGCGGCAACUCUACAUUUGUGGGUGGUACCGAUGAUUUGAAGGAUGUAGACUGGCAAAUUGUGAACCGCUAUGCGGCGUAUCAAAACCUUAUGAACGUUGUCACGGUGCCUCUUCUUUUGAAUGAAAUCAACACGGAGAACAUCCCACCAUGUUUUUUGGAUAUGAUGCAAUAUUUACUUCUUGGUCCAAUGGAAUGCGUCGCGACGGGAAAUACAUCUCUUGUAACUUACUGUGGUGUAAUGGAUAGCGACCAUCCCAUCGUAACGGCAAUGC